CUGGAACAUCCUUGCUGGCCAAGCAUGGUUGAUCACUCCCGCAUUUGCUCCCUGCGUCUUCAGCAACAUGGUGACGACGACGGUCACAACUUCCUCGACGGUGCUCUCGUCUCCGAAAGCCAAACAAGCGCCGUCAAUAACAACUACUGUUUCCCUGAAUCAUGUGUUUCCCAACAGCUACAAGGACGAUUUAGCCGUGCACUCGUUGCAAGUGCCGGCGGACGUUGGACAUGCACGCUACCUCGACCAAUCGCUUCCCUACGUUCCUGUAUUUGAAGAGCAAUACGGCCCCGAAGUCUCGUCGUCCCUUCAGACCAAGUACUACACAUUGACGGAAAGUGGUCAAGCAGGCAUCGAAGCUGCGACGGCCACGUUGCACGCUCUGUUUGUGCAAGCCACCGAGCACGUCCUCGCAAACCAAGAGUCCUUGGCGCCUUAUUUCCACAUCCCCGCCGCGCUGUGGCCGCGCAUCCAAGAUUCCUGGGCCCGUCAAAAAAACGACACCAUCUCAGGCCGAUUAGAUUUUGCCUUGACCGACCACGGCAUCAAAGUCUACGAGUACAACGCUGACUCGGCGUCGUGUCUGAUGGAGUGCGGGUACACACAAGAUGCCUGGUCGAAUGCUGCGGGCUUGGGGUCUAUCGGUCGCAGCAACAGCUCCACGUUGUUCACCCAGCUGACUGCAGCGUGGAAGUCCAAGAACGUCCAAGGCACAUUGCAUCUAUUGUGUGAUGACGACGACGAAGAGCGGUACCAUUCGUUGUACAUGAAGGCAGCAGCUGAAGCCGCUGGGAUUCCCAGUGUUUUGAUCGUUGGCGUGCAAGAUCUCCAUUUCGACAGCAGCGACGGCGCCACUAUUUUGGAUGGACAGAACCGGCCGCUGCGAAAUGUGUGGAAGACAUGGGCGUGGCAGACUGUGAUCAGUCAGUACGAGGCCAGGAAUGCCGGCGCAGCAGCGACAUCUGGAGUGGUCCAAGUGAUGGACGUGAUGCUGCAUCCGUCUGUUCGAGUGUUUGAACCUCUGUGGACAGUGCUGCCAUCGUCCAAGGCGAUCUUGCCCAUCUUGACUCAAUUGGCUCCAGACAAUCCGUACCUGCUUCGAUCCACAUUUGACGCGGCGGACAUUCCGUUGUUCACGGGCGGAUACGUGGCCAAGCCUGUGAUGGGUCGCACGGGAGCUAACGUGAGCAUCUACAACGGCAGUGGCGACCUCAUCAGCGCCACGGCGGGCAAGUGGGUAGAUGACACGAUCGUGUAUCAGGAGAUUGCGCUCUUGCCCAAGUAUGAGGACGACUGUUACGUCCAGGUCAACACAUGGGCGAUCGAUGGCGAGUACGGUGGCACGGUGCUUCGGAUUGACGAGUCCAACAUCGUCGGACUCAACUCGGGCAUCUACCCUAUGCGCGUAGUCGAGAGUCACAAUGAAUCCAUACACCAGGAUGACGUACAUGUUCAUUUGGUAUAAUAUUUCAGAUGUACACGUCAAUGUCUUGUUUCGAAUAUCGUUGCAGUUGUGUCGUGCAUGACUCUCCAUGCAGGGUC